GAGGAACUGGUCCGGCGCACGCGCGGGGCAGAGCGGCGAGCGGCGCAGCCGAGCCGAGCGGCGACCACGACCAGCGCCAGUGCACGCGCCGCCUCGCAAUCGUCAUCUCGUCCGCUACCACGCUAUCGCGCCGCCGUACGAUCGAUCGCUCAACCUAAAAAAUAAAAUUAAAAAAAUAAAUAAAUAAAUGAUCCCCAGAUAAUUCACACCACUCGCGAGUUCCGCCACGUUCCGUUCUAUUUACAUUACCGAAGGUGCUAUUUUCGUGUUACUACUUAACGGGCUUUUUCGGUGUACGAGUGAAGUUAAUAUUUUUCGAUUGCUCAAAGCAGAGACUUCAGUUUGAUAUUUAAGGUAUCGCGCAGAGAGGUCGCGGCGCGGGGGUGUGAUGGUCGCGGGGGAGUAACGACCAUGCGAGGCCCGCGCCGCGCGCUCGCCCCGCCCGCCGCGCUUGCCGCCAGCACUCUGCCGCCACUCCUGCCGCCCCACCUGCCGCCGCUUCUACCGCUGUUGCUGCUGCUACCACUCCUGCUCACACACCACCUCGCCACAGCUGACAACGGUCUCAUUAAGGGUCAGCGCGCGCCGUGCUCUAACGAGGGCGAGGCGGUGCGGCUGCAGGACUCACGGCUCGAGCACGAGUGGAGCAGUUGCUUCCGUUGCAUUUGUAAGAACGGGUUCGUGGAGUGCCGCAGCGGAGGCGGCGAGGAGGAGUGCGGGUCGAUGGAGGAGUGUGCGGUAGUGCUGCCGCGGGCAGGGUGCUGUGCACGCUGCAAGGGCUGCUGGUACAACGGCACGGAGCGCGUCUCGCACACCGAAUGGGCUGAGGGCGGCAGACUGCUUCGCUGCGAGGCCGGCGUAGUCACCGUCUCCCGGCCCGAAUGCUACGUGCCCUGCGACCGGCCCCGGCGGCAGCGGCACACACACUACAAUUGCCCUGUCUGUGAUGAAUGCGUGAUCAACGGCCAGCGUGUAGGCGAGGGUCGAGACGUGCGCGUGCCGGAGGAGCCGUGCUUGUCGUGCCGCUGCGUACAUGGCGCUCUGUCGUGUGCCAAGCGUGCCUGCCCUGUGCUACCUUGCGCGCGUGCACACCAGCACACGCCGCCCGGCGAGUGCUGCCCACGAUGCACACACCCCAUGUCCGACAAAUUUCUGCCUGGUUUAGGUAGUUCGUUACCGAAGCCUUGCAUACUCGGCAAGGAGUACCACGCGCACCUAAGCCGGUUUCAGGUGGAUCCGUGCACGGACUGCACGUGUAUGAAUGGCACGACGGUGUGCACGCGGCACACUUGCCCGGUCCUAACAUGCGGUGCACGCGCGUUACCCCCAGCCCCGGGAAAAUGCUGUCCUGAAUGCCCAAACAUCGAAGAGGCCAAAGCUGCCUGUGUUGUUGGCGGGGUUACCUAUCAGGAUGGAGAAAUUUGGCAAUUGGACGCGUGCAAAUCAUGCGAAUGUCACGGUGGCGAGCCGAGAUGUGCCAUGGAGAGAUGUCCGCCGCUGUCAUGUCCUUCCGACCAAAACUUACGGCAGCUUCCAGGACAGUGCUGUCCUAAGUGUGUGGACAUCGACGGUAUAUGCACGGUCUUCGGUGAUCCUCACUAUAAAACUUUCGAUGGAAAAUUCUAUAGCUUCCAAGGAUCAUGCAAAUAUCAGUUAGUAUCGGACUGCGCGAAUCACACCUUCUCGAUAAGGAUAUCGAACGACGCAAGAAAUACUUCACAUUCCUCAUGGACCCGUACGGCAACGUUGCGUAUUGGGGCCACAAAAAUAAAUAUGGGACGCAAAAUGCGCGUCAAAGUGAACGGUCAAAGAGUGACACUACCCCAUAAUAUUAAAAAAGUAGCCGACAUAAUCCGAAGCAACGGUUCCGUUCUUUUAAAAUCUGACAUCGGAGUGCAACUCGUCUGGGACGGGGAUGGAUUUUUAGAGGUGACCGUAUCCAGUGCGUAUAAAAAUAAACUGUGCGGGUUGUGUGGGAAUUUCAAUUCCAUGGCGAGAGACGAUAUGAGGACGAGGGACGGGAGACAGUUAAACGAUCCGUGGCGUUUCGGUUCGUCGUGGCGAGUGGGCGGGCGGCGCUCGUGCUCGCGUCCGUCGGAGCGACCGAGUAUGAAUCUGCGUUGCCCACAGUCUAAGUUGGUGAAGGCGCGGAGGUUGUGCCGUGGUUUCGACCGAUACGAGGCGUUUUCGGAUUGCGGCGGCAAAGUGAACCCCCACAAUUAUCGCGAGGCGUGCGUGCUGGAUGCGUGCAGUUGCGCCGGCAAGCGCUGCCACUGCGCGGCGUACCGGGCCUAUGCGCGCGAGUGCACGCGCCUGGGUGCCGAGCCACACGGGUGGGCGCGGGCGGCCUGGUGCGAAGGGCCGCCGCCACCCUGGCUGGGUCGGUCACGAAAGCAGUCGCUAGCCAAGCCCACUAAGAAGGCGUACCUGGUGCCGCCAGUCAUCCCCAAGUCGAGCAAUAAUCGCACCCGACCGCCGCCACCAAUACUGCACUAACGCAGAGGUUCCACUAGUCAAUUGUGUCGAUUUGGCGAAGUUAGUGUGUUACGAGUUAUACGAGGGUUGCAUCAGUGAGGAGCCGACUACCUACUAGAACGAAGAUCUAUUUACGCAAUCAGUAUUCAAGUUAAACUUACACUAAGUAAACAAAUACCAAUUAUAAUCGUAAAAACCAUCCGCUUAGCUCGUUAUUGCCUCGCGUUUAUCGACAACCUUACAUAAAUCGAUUGUUAGAUUAUCUUACCAAAUAAAUCUCAGCUUAGUUUUAUAGAUA